AUGUGCUUUAAGUUGUUACUUAUUUUCCUUUUUACAUUAUACAGUGGUAUUGCUGCCAUUCGAUCCGAAUCGCCGUCACCACCACAAUGGCCUUUAGUUUGGAUGACAAGUGGUAGUUCUUAUAAUCUGUAUAAUAAUCAAACAACAUGUGCACAAAUCUUUUAUGAUUGGAGACGGCGAGCACAAGUGAUGAAUUUGAUGCGAGAAGACUCUUAUGCAUAUACAAUAUUUCAUGUCGAAAAUACUGUUUGGAGAUUGGAACGUGCUAAUCGAACGUGUUGUAUUGAUCCAGAACAAACCGGUGUAACUCCACCAAGACCAGAUUGGUUACAAGUUGGUAAUGAAACUACUUACGAUGGAAUUGUUUCGGUGAUGGAACAUGCAUGUCAUUCAUGGACAAAAGCCGUACCCGAUGUUGCAACAUUCUCGUGGCUGACUUCAGUCGAAACAGGUGUACCAUGUCGCCUUGGAUGGUUGAAUAUUGUGCAUUUCGAUUUUUCAUAUUAUUCUGAUAAUCCUGAUCUUUUACCAAAAGGCAUUUUUGACAUACCUGAUUAUUGUCCACAUGAAGUAACAGAUCCCAAUUGUAGUAUCAUGCAUUUUUAG